AUGGACCCGUCAGGUUUUUCAUCGCUGAAGUUUACACCGCACGCCACCCGACCUUCCACCGGCACUCAAGGGCUCGAAGGGUAUAAAGUGUCGUACACGUAUGCAUUCAAGCUCACGAUGACGAAAUCGGCCAACGUUGGUCUCGUCCACCAACGUCAACUCGAGUUCAAGGACACGAUUGAGGCAUCCAAGACGAGCAGCCACAUCGACAAACGACGGCAACAUGAAACGUCCGUGGCGCCGCCGACGCCAGCGCGCCACAACCAGUCUGGUCAUGUCAGGCUGGCAUACCACGGCGUUCGACAUGCGUGA